CCUCUGAGCAUAAUAGAAGGUUGAAGCCUGUAGGUUAUAUAGCAAGUUCUCUGCUCGUCCAAGCAGUGUGGAAGCCAUCCCUUCUGUCAUUGAAAAGGCAGUGAGAAGCAGUAUCUACGGUCGCCCAGGUGCUUGCUAUGUUGACAUGCCUGCAGACCUUGUGGACCUCCAGGUGGACGUGAGUGCUGUCAAGUAUGUGGAGCGCUGCCUGCCACCUCCCAUCAGCUUGGCAGAGGCCUCUGCUGUGCACACAGCCGCGUCUGUCCUGAGGAAGGCCACGAAGCCCCUUCUGAUCAUCGGGAAAGGUGCUGCUUACGCCCGCGCGGAGGAGAGCCUCAGGAAGCUGGUGGAGCGGUGCAGACUGCCCUUUCUGCCCACCCCCAUGGGGAAGGGCGUUAUCCCUGACAACCAUCCCUGCUGCGUGGGAGCAGCCAGAUCCAGGGCUUUGCAAUUUGCUGAUGUAAUUGUGUUAUUUGGUGCCAGACUAAAUUGGAUUUUACAUUUUGGACUACCUCCAAGAUACCAGCCAGAUGUGAAGUUUAUCCAGGUGGACAUCUGUGCAGAGGAGUUGGGAAAUAAUGUAAGACCUGCUGUCACUUUACUAGGAGACAUCGAUGCUGUCACUAAACAGCUCUUAGAAGAAUUUGAGAAGACGCCGUGGCGGUACCCUUCUGUGAGCGGGUGGUGGAAAAGUCUGAGGGAAAAGACGGAUCACAACGAAGCGGCCUCCAAGGAAUUGGCUUCCAAAACGUCCCUGCCUAUGAAUUAUUACACGGUCUUCCACCACAUUCGGGAACAGCUCCCCAGGGACUGUUUUGUGGUGAGCGAAGGCGCCAACACCAUGGACAUCGGGCGCACCGUGCUACAGAACCACCUUCCUCGGCACAGGCUGGAUGCAGGUACUUUCGGAACCAUGGGAGUCGGCUUGGGGUUUGCGAUUGCAGCCGCCGUCGUGGCUAAAGACAGAAGUCCUGGGCAGCGGGUCAUCUGCGUGGAAGGAGACAGUGCCUUUGGGUUCUCCGGCAUGGAGGUGGAGACCAUCUGCAGGUACGGCCUGCCGGUGGUUCUCCUGGUGGUGAACAACAACGGGAUCUACCAGGGUCUUGACGCGGAUGCCUGGAAGGCGCUGGCGCAGUCUGGGGACGCCAGCACAGCGGUGCCUCCAGUGUGUCUUCUGCCAAACGCACAUUAUGAGCAGGUCAUGAUGGCAUUUGGAGGCAAAGGGUACUUUGUGGAAACGCCAGAAGAACUCCAGGAAUCCCUGAGGCAGGCCCUGGCCGACACAGCGAAGCCCUCCCUCAUCAACAUCAUGAUCGAACCCCAGGCCACACGGAAGGCCCAGGAUUUUCACUGGCUAACCCGCUCUAACCUGUAAGUGAAGACGCCAUGGGUAGUCUUGAGUUUUCUGUUUCCUGCAAGAUGAAAUUUUAUUUUCUGCAGUGAAAUUACUGUAAUGUUAAAAUUAUACAAAGAAAAAAAU